AUCGCAGCAUUACUAGAGACGAAUCAGCCACUUAUUGAGAGUGCUUAUGGGCCUGAUAAAUUGUUGGAUUUCAUAAAUAUGCUACAAGUCGACAUCGAUCAAGUUGUGGGAAAAGUGAUCGAUGCGUUUGCUAAAAAGCGACAGUUAGAGAAACGGCUGAAAGCAGUUCAGCGCCUUCUGCGAGAAGAUCGUCACAGUGAUAAAGGGGAAGUGGAGCGUUUGGACGCCCUUGAGCUGGAUAAAUUGUUAUCGGAGAUUUGUCUCAUGAACACGCACACAGAAAUGUACUGGAGAUUUGUACGUAGACGACUCAAAGGAGCAUCUCUUGAAGCGGAUCAAGAGGAGGAACUGUUGGGUAAUUAUCUGCUAUUAGAGCAAUACUACAUGCAGGAAUCUGUACGUAAAGCGAUUGACAUGGAUGCUAAGGAAGAAGGGCUUUUGAGACAGGCUAUCCUUCAACUAACUUCGCGGCUGAAGCGCUUCCAAACUGCUCAAAAUGCCUACAAUGUCAUACAACACGGAAAGACGGCUGAUCCAGAUGUUCAGCGAGAUAACUGUUCAGCACCGCUGCUAAAAUAA